AUUUCCAGUAUGUGCACAGGGAUGACUCUCUGACAAGACCAAUCUAUUUCUAAAUAGGUACAUUCCCAAAAACUACCGUGUGUUUUGGUUAAAGUCCUCUACCUGUGGCCUGCACUUCCUCUGAAGAGCAUGUGGUGUUAGGUUUGUGAUUGAAUGGAUGGGGUGGAUGUGAACUGACUUAGCUGCAUGGCAUAGCUCUUGGCUUCCUGUUGCUGCUCAGGGGGGGGGCAGAGGAUGGUUGGACUCACAUGACUGAGACUGUGUGGGGUAUUGUGUCUGCAUCUUGAUCUGUGGAGAUUAGUGAGGCGGAGAGACGAGAUCCCACUCGGUGCUCUGUGGUGAGGCGUCGUCCCAGCGUCCUCUCUCCAAGCUUCGUUUCUUCGGAUUGGGUGGAAGGAACCUGUGCACGAAUCUGGAGACCCUGGCUGGCUGCCCCGUCUGGACCUUACACAUCAGGACGAUCCCUCGACCGGUUUACACAGCGUGGAUGUCAGACGAAGAAUGGAUUGCUCAGAUCUAAAACCAUUGUCUCAUUGCUGGAAAUGACAUUUAUCCAUGACUUUGUUUAAUGUGGUGUCAGACUGAACUGGGUGAUAUUCUCUAAACACACAUUUUCUCAGUGUGGAGGCAGGAUGUCAAAAAAGUUUAAGUAAUACUGGCUUGAUCAACUUCUCCAGCUUUGCUUGACAUAUGAUGCUACUUUACUCCUGUGGAUAUUUAUUCCUGUGGAGUGAAGAUCGGUGGGUGUGAUCAACGUUCCUCGGUAGCCCCAACCGCAAACUGCAAGAGGUGGAGAGUUUUGGACCACUGUACUGUGACUGAACAGGACUUGAUCAACGGUACUGUAACUCUUCUGCACCUAUCCCUGCCCACAAUCCUCUCUCUACUUCCCAGCCCUCAGCCCCUCUACCUCAGAGAUGGGGUCUGCCGCCAAGACCUUCUUUGCUCGGUUCUGUUGUUGCUGUUGCUGUGGCGAUGAUGAAAAUGAGGAGGAAAAGGAACCUUUAAUCAGCCAUGACACUCUAGAGUACUUUGAUCGUGAGGCCAAGAAGCGGAGGGACCAGGAGCAGAAUCUAUGGAGUGAGCCGGGUGACCCAAGUCACUCAGAAAGAGACGAUGAUCGUAUCCUGUACAACCUCAUCCAGAACAGGAACCAGACCCGCAGGGGCUCACUGGCACAUCGGCGUCUGAGUGUGGACAUUGAGUCUAUGAGAGAUAUGCGUCGGGAAGUCAGGGACAAGUGGAAGAUGAUCCUGGAGAACCUAGGGUUCAUGGCGGAGGCGGAGUCGCUGCUGACGGUGUCUGCCAGCGCGUCGUAUGACCGAAUGAGGAACGCCCCAGCGGCUCGCACCCUACUGCAGACGCUCCACUCAGAGACGUCCAUCUUCAGCACCCGGGAGCCCCCACCAGAGAGAUACCUCUUCAUCCUGGACCGUCUCAUAUAUCUAGAUGCUGCAGACGACUUCGUGGCGAAGGCCAGGCGUUUCUACCCAAAGCGCGAUAGCGAUGACGAAGACGAGAACCCGUUGGCCGUCAACCUGCCGCUGUUACUGGCCCGAGUGAACCGUAAUAUGAACGGAGGAGGGAGUGGCGAGGAGGAAGAUGAGAGCGAAGGAGAGGAGGAGAACUUCUAGACGGAACGUGAGAUCGGGGACGCAGUGACCGUUGACUGUAGAAAGGGGGCAGUAGUUAGUUGAUAAUCUAGCUGGGUGGGUUUAGGGCUGUAACUUUGUUGAGGUUUCUCUUCCAGUUUUCAUAAACACAAGGUUUAAACUAAUAUGACUCUGAUUUUAUUUUCUCUGUUUAUGGCUGAGAUUAGGGAGUGUUUUCAUUGUACCACCCCCAAUUGUUUAUCCAUCAGAGGCCCAUGUUACACCUGCCUCUUAACAUGCAUCCAUCAUGCUGAUCUCGUCAUGAUCUAAUCUGCUUACACUUCAAAGAAAUGAUCCAAAUCAGAUCGUAUUUUUGUCUUUGUAUCCAUGAUCAGAUUGUGGACGAGAGCAGGAAUAAGGCUGUAUGUUAGGAGAAUGCGCGUGCCGGCCUUUAGUUAUUCCUUCUGUUCAUUCUUCUGUUGGUCUGCUGUAAAUGCUGUGUACACAGAAACCUGCAGGGCUCAGACGUCCUGAGGGAACAGAUUCCCCAUCAGGUCUCUGGGUCUCAUGAUAAUCAGCUCUUCUGUUUUCUCGU